UCCCCCAGUCAGUGCCGAGUCCGGUCCGGUGUCGUCCGGUCGUGCCAUGUCGGAGUGCACGGUGAUCGCCAUGAGCGGGGUGUCCGGCCCCCCGGAGAAGGGUGCCCGGACCCCCUCCCCACCCCGGGACUUCCUGCUCUUCUCCUUCUUCAACCUGCUGCUGCUGGGGAACCCCUGCUGCCUCGGCUUCGCCGCCCUCGUCUACUCCGUCAAGGCUCGGGACAGGAAGGUCACGGGAGACGUGCUGGGCGCGCAAAGUUACGGCUCCACGGCCAAGUGGCUGAACAUCUGGGCGCUGCUGCUCAACCUGCUCGUGCUCAUCGUGAUGCUGGUGUUGUUCUUCAUGGUCGUCUUGCCCAAGAUGAAGGACAGCUUGGCCCAAUAGCGCUCACCGACCCGUCCCAGAAGACUCCGCGCCGGCUGGGGCAGUCCACUGCAGCCCGCUCCCCGGGGCCGCCCGGCCCCGCUGGUUCCGCGUGGCAUUCUCAUGUGGCUCGCAGCGGGCACUGUCCCAGGCCCAGGCCAACUGGCCACUUUCUCUUCCUACACUCCGGGCCCAGCUGGGCCCCUUCCAUUUCCUCCCACCUUAACCCGGUCGAGGGUCCACCGUCAUAACUGACCUCUUGCUCUCCGCUCUGCCCAGUGGCCUAUCCCGUCCUUUCCGGCUUGUUAUGGGCAGGGACCGUGUCCGCUAAUUCUUUUGUACUAUACUCUCCCAAGUGCUUAGAACGGUUCUCUGCACACAGUAAGUGUUCAAUAAAUACCACUGAUUGAUUGACUGACUGAUUGAACGGGGGGUGGGAAGGGCUGGGUCCAAAUGAACCGAUUAAAAUGUAUGGGAAACCUA